AUGUUUGGGCAGGAAAGUGUUCCUGUCAGUUGCUUCUUUGCGAAAGUCUCACCAAAAAGGUGUUCACUUCUUGUAGUUUGUGUCUUUGGCAUUUGCUUGCUUUGCGAGUUUUGCGACUUGUGCUUUGCGUCCGAUAACCUUGAACUCUUCUGGUCUUGGAAGCGCUUUGCCUACUCAAAGUUCUUCAAAUCCUCAAGCGUUGGCUCAAAGCCUUUAGAACUCUGGAGAAAAGAUGGAUGUCGGAACUGUUUGACGCCACUGCGAUUGGCAGACUUGUGCAGACUGGAUUUCCGGUGGGAGCUGCAGAUUGGGGACAAAGAUGCACGAGUUCUAAGAGCAGCAGCAACGCUUGCAGUGGCAGACUGGGCUCGCCGUACUGCUAUGCAAAAAGGUGGUGCUUCGGCUUCCUCUGCCCAAGAAGGUGUUCAGCGUGCGAUCGCUAAGGCCCAGUCACUUCUGAUGCAAGUCUUGCCAGGCGAUGCCAGUUUUCUCGGCCUUGAAGAAUUGUCCACUUUGCCUGGUGGAGCAGAGCUCUUUUGGCUUUUGGAUAGGCUUCAAUGCGCAUCUAUGGUCGAUAUCGUUGUACAACCUCAUCAGUUCUGGAUGGGAGCUGACAAUGUUGGAAUGCGGAACGACGUGAAGAUCAACUACCAGCUAUUUGUCUUCCCGUACAGGGAAUUGGUAUCUGAUUUUGUCCGGGCUCGCAAAGUACCUUAUUGCAAUGAAUCAAUCCUGCGUGUGGUACAAACUUUGGCUCGACGCUUGCACCGAACGAGAGCUUCUGCAGUUCACGUGGUUGAGAUCGGCGCAAAUCUUGGCGACUGCUCUGUAUGGCUUGCAAAACGUAUGCAGGCAGUUCCAGGUCUUCGUCGUAUCAAGGUGCUCGCUUUAGAAGCAGUUCCUGCUGCCGCAGCAGUUUUUCAAAAGUCUGUGGAGUGGAACAAUUUGACCGACGUGAUUCAGGUUGUGAAUGUCGCAGCAGGACAGCUGAAGGGAGCUGUAAGUCUCCAAGCAAAGCCAAUGAGUUCAAACUCAUACACGGUGGCUGAGGGUUCCUCGCCAGAUUUCGCAACAGUGGAAACAAGAGCGUUGGAUGACAUAACUCCUUUCUCCAACAUCAACCUCAUAGUCAGCCAUACCAAUGGGCAAGAACUGUCUGUCCUUCGAGGAGCCAUGCGGAUUCUCCGCAAGUCUCCGAAAAUCAUCAUCGUUUUGCAGCUGUAUGGACCAGAAUCUGGCGUCAUCCGUGACCCUACUUACGAUCCAUGUCGCCCAGUCAGGUGGCUAGUACACAGAGGCUUCGAGAUUUACCUCUCACACCGGAAAGGUCUGCGGCUUGAGGCUCCAGGAGUGCUGCGCCGCUAUUUUGCAGAAGGGCAACAAGUUGUGAACGUCAUUGCAGUGCGAAAACACCGGAGGCGUCUUUUGAGCGAACCUCCGGUGAUGCAAAAGCCACGGACAUGCUUGGACUUAUCAAAGGGCGAGCGUCCAAACAGUUGGGCCGAGGUUGACGGCCGGGUAUUGAGGGAAAAUCUGCACAUUGUUCGGAUCUACUUAGAAACGCACUUUGCAGAAGCUCCACCAAUUGGAGCUGUUUUGAAGGCAAAUGCUUAUGGACAUGGUGCAGUAUUGGCAGGCAGAGUCCUAGCUUCAGCGAAGAUCGAUGCACUUUUUGUGUCAGAAGUUGAGACUGGGUUGAUUUUGCGCAUGGCCCCGGAAGUGCCGAUGUUUUUGCCCAUGAUCUUGCUGUAUCGAUCACCCGGGAUGGCCACGAUGUGCAAACUGGCUUCUGCAAACAUUACCGUCUCUGUCCUGUCCAUGGCUUGGCUCCAACAGGCGCUUCGGUGGCCAUCUUGCAGCUCGAAAGUAAGGCUUCACAUCAUGGUGGAUACUGGCCUAAAUCGAGAAGGUUUGGCAGCCCAGGAGGUCGCUGAAGCGGCAACGAUUGUUUUGCAAAAGUGGCCCAGCUGGUCUCUGGAUGGCUUCUACACCCAUUGGUGCUGCGUGUACGACCCUGUUGAGAUGCAUCGUUCACUUGCAGUAUUUGAACAUGCGCUGGGACUUGUGCAGGAAGCCAGGAGCACUUUUGGAGAUGCUGGAAAUCAGCCACUAACAGUCCAUACUUCAAGCAGCUCAAGCAUUCUUUUUGGAGUGCACUACGAUCUGCUGAGAAUUGGUGGUUUGCUAUUUGGAGAUCCUGUGGCAAUUUCGGAUGGUGCCGGGGGGACAAUGCGCUUGCCCGGACCACAUCGAACGCUUCUGUGGAAAAGCAAGAUAACUACAAUGCGCUGGUCUGUGCCUGGAGAGCGCUUCUCCAGAUGCACAGCCAACUAUGGUUGUGAACGCGGACCAGUUUUCGAAAAACGAAUGUUGCUGGGGACUAUUCCGGUAGGUGCGUAUGAGUUCAGCGAUUCCAAUAUCGUGAGUAGUCACUUUCGAGAGAAGCUGAAUUUGAUCGAGAAGUCCACGGAUGCCAUCUUGGUAGAAAUUCCUAGUACUUCGCGAAGCUUUCACCAAGCAUUUGAAGGUAUGGAGGUGCUCCUAUGCGCUGAAAGCUGUGUGCAGGGGCUGUUCAAUGUUCCAGAGCAUGUGCCACGAAUACUCGUGCAAGAUCCGACCGGGCCACAGUACGCCCCAUCUGGAGAUAACUUCUACCCCGUUGAGUUGAACGGGGCCAUCUUCGACUCCUUCAAUCUGCGGGUUGUCUUCGAAAGGGACAAGACGGGCUUUGAAGAGAGCAAGGAAUUUCCAAUCCGCACAAACACGGUGGUUGCUGCGAGGUAUCAGAUCAUUGAAUAUCUCGGUUCCGCCGCGUUUUCUCGAGCUGUGCAGUGUUUGGACUUGGACACUAACAAGAUGGUUUGCAUGAAGAUCAUCAAGAAUGACAAGGACUUUUUUGAUCAAUCACUGGACGAAAUCAAGCUCUUGAAGUACAUCAAUGUAAAUGGCAACGUUGAUCACAACCAUGUUUUGCGCCUCUAUGACCACUUCUAUCACAAGGAGCAUUUGAUUAUUGUGACCGAACUGCUCCGCGACAAUUUGUAUGAAUUUAGCAAAUACAACAGAGAAUGUGGCGACGAACCUUAUUUUACUAUGGGUCGCCUACAAAAGAUCUCAAAGCAGAUUUUGACCGCUCUGGAGUACGUUCAUUCUUUGCGACUCAUACAUUGUGACCUAAAGCCAGAGAACAUUUUGAUCAAGUCGUACAGCAGGUGUGAGGUCAAGGUCAUAGACUUUGGCUCUUCUUGCUUCGUGGACGACCACCUCUCUUCGUACGUGCAAUCAAGGUCAUACCGUGCACCGGAGGUGAUGCUGGGUCUUCCGUACGACCAGAAGAUUGACCUUUGGUCCUUGGGCUGUAUCAUUGCAGAACUUUGGACAGGCUAUGUCCUCUUUCAAAAUGAUUCAGUGCAAAGCUUGCUGGCUCGAAUUCUGGGCAUUGUUGGUGACUUUCCGUAUCAUUUGAUGACAAGCGGAAAAUAUGUCCCGCAGUAUUUCACUCAGGACGGGCAGUUGUACCAAGAAAUUGAGGGGCAGCCUUGCCCAGAACGCGGACGUCGCUUGCAUUUGCUGGUGCCAAAGAAGACGUCACUUCGCCAGCGCAUGCGAACAGAUGAUGAGCUUUUCCUUGACUUCCUGUCGCAAUUGUUGCAGCCCGUCAUGUGCUCUUUGCGGAAUCUGGCUGCAAAGGAAAAAGAUGGCCUGAACAAGCUGAGAUUCUGGGGCAAGGUUCUGGGAACAGAGGCGGACUACUAUGUUGCGGAGGCACAGCGAGAUGGUGGCGGAGAUGAGCCAGACCCUGACGCAGAUCAACCUGGUCAGGGUGCAAACCAAUUCACGUACUAUGUGACCAACGAUUUGGCGGGAGAGUGGCGCAAACUUCCAGACAUAAAGCCAAAUCAGAUCGUUGCAGCGCGGGCGAUCAAGAGGCUGCUGACAGGAAAUGCAGGAUCCAAGGUAAUUACACAUCCUUUCUUUGAUGGGAAAGAAGAGGUGUACCUCCGAGCACAGAUUGCCCGGAUCGCUGCAGACACGGUCCUUUGCCCAAAGGGCUUCUUGAAGAAGGAGGAUGAGGAGUCGCCAGUUGAGCAGAACGAGGAGUUCGUUUGCCCGCCUUCAUCCGAACUCCAGAAGAAGGAGGCAUGGACCCACAUGCAGCCGCAUCUCUUGCUUAGUGGGCGUACUGUCCACCCAGAGAUUCCGGAGGGUGACACACCCGAAGAAAUUGCAUUGGCUGACAAGAUGAGGGAGGAACAAGCGGCGGACCCAGUUCCAGAGAUCAUUCGUGGCCUACAUGAAGAUCACUUGCAGUGGAGCAUCAAGCAGGCCGGUGAUCCAACGAUGUACCGGUCUGUACCAGAUCCGGCUGCUCCUUUGAGGUCAAGCGCCGUUGUAUACGUCCGUUCACUUUCUUGGCCUGGUGCGGUCUGUGCCAUCCGCAAUGGGCAGUUUGUGAAUAUUUAUGUCGGUUAUGGUCUCGGAGCCGUGAGCAGCAACUUCUUUCCCAUGGCACCUCCAGAUGUCCAAGACGAGCCAGAGGACCCCGGAGAGGUUGAGGAGCCGCAGGGUUCUUUGGAAGAACCGCCGGCUCCAGAGGAGUGA